GCGCGUAAGCUAGAAUGCAGUAUAUUGAUGCAGUACACACGCGGAAAAAUGAUUCAUUCCCCGCUGACGCUGCUGCUAGUCGCGUUGACGUCGAUCUGCGAAAGAGGAAGAAAUAUGGUCCGCGCGACAAUAGACGUUAACCUCGCUGAAUUAGAAUACUUGUCAGCUCGUCUCGACCCGCACGAGUGUCGUCGGCUCGUCGCUGCGCUCCAUUACGACAGUUAUGAAUUGCCCGAAAGUUUAGCCGGAGCCGAGCACGAGGUGAGCGAUGACAUCCCGUGUCUGCGGCAUCUGUUGCACUGGAACGGUACGCCGGGCGAGGGCCGAGGCAAGACGCACGAGCUGAUCGAGCGUCGACUCCGUCAGCUGGGACACCAAAAGCUCGCCGACUGGCUGGGUCGCACGACCUUCCGCGAGCUCGGCAAGGACCUCACCAAACUCAUCGACGAGCCGCUGCCUGGAGCCGAGGAACAGCAGCAAACGAGCACGAGCUUGGCGGUGCUGCACGACGAGGUGACGGACGGCGAUGCCACAGCUACCACAGCCGUGAUCGAUGAUGACUCCGACAACGAGAGCUUCUGGUCGUCGAUUGAGCUGAUUGUGCAGGCACUUUUCGCCGGACUGACGUUCGCGCUGGUCGUGAUCCUCGGCGCGCUUGUCAUCGAUAGAUUCGCUCGGUGCAGCGGCGACUCUGGGAACAACUGACACGCAGCGCACACCUGGAAAGAGGAAGAUGCACAUGUAAUAAAAUGCGUACAUCAAGUUCUAUUAUACACUCGCUGUCGGGAGAGGCAUUAGCGCGAACCUUGAGCGGAACAUUAAAACGUCUCGGCUCUAAAUUCAUUAUGCUCGCGAACGAGCUUUUAUGCAAUUUCAGGCGCAUCCACGGGCGAAAGCAAAAGCGAGACUCUACAUAUGCAUGCCACUAGACAAACCGUUAGCUGAGCCAUCCCUCCGCUCUCCCUCAAGAGAACAAAACCACUUGAGACCCAUUGUUUGGGGGCGGCGAUUGUCGAAUAUAUCUCUACGCGGGAAGCGGGAGGGUAGUGUCGUUGCGCGAGAGAAGUGGAGUUCAGUGAGAGAGAGAGAGAGAGAGAGAGAGAGAGAGAGAGAGAGAGAGAGAGAGAGAGAGA